AUAUCAGUGACAUUCGAGUUUUGACAGAAGAUGGGAAGCGCGUUUCUCCGUGGAAAUUACUAAUUGGCAUAGAGUAUUUUUAUUAAAAAUAUUUUUAUAAUCAUUUCCGACGUUGGAACGUUAUGCCACGCAACGUUCUACCAACAUUCCGUCUAUUCAAGCAUCAGAGAAUUAAGAAUCGCGUUAUAUAUAAUAUAGUGAAGUAGUAACGUAUUAAAGUAUAUUCAAAGAAUUUAUUAAAGAAAGUGUUCAUUCGAAUUCUAUAACGUAAGAUAGCACAGAACGGGGUAAAGCUUGAAAAGAAUAAUACUGUAUAACAGUCAAUAAUUUUUGAGGAAUAAAAAUUUUUUAAUUUGAACCAAAGAGUUUAUCCAUAAUUACCAUUAUCUUUUAUUCCGUAUAAAUUUUCUUCGCUCUACGUAAAUGGGUGUUUUUCAUAAACUAUUUGGAAAGUAUCUACUAGCCACAAACAUCGUGAGUUGCGGGGUUAUGAUGGGAAUUGGUGAUUGGCUCCAGCAACGUGGUGAACAUUGGAAACGCCAUCAUCUUCCCAAAUAUUUUCCUACAGAAAUAGUGGAGGAUGAAAUAAUGAAAGAGGAUUUGCCAAAGAAAACAGAAGACAAUUCAAGCUACGAACAUGAUUAUAUGCGCACCAGGAAUAUGGUUACGGUAGGAUUGAUGCAGGGUCCUUUCCAUCACUAUUUCUAUGCCGUCCUCGACCGCGUCCUGCCUGGCAGAAAUACAAGUUCUGUCAUGAAAAAGACUUUCAUAGAUCAGAUCGUGGCCAGUCCGACUUGUCUGGCUAUAUUCUUCUUUGGGAUUGGCGCUAUGGAGCAGCGCAAAAUAGAGGAUAUUAACGACGAGGUGAAACUGAAGUUCGUCGACACGUGGAAGGUGGAUUGCUGUUUUUGGCCACCUACACAAUUUGUUAACUUUUUAUUCGUUCCCGUUCAGUAUCGUGUUAUCUAUAUCAAUCUUAUGACGAUGAUCUAUGACAUUUUUCUAUCCCACAUGAAGUAUGAGGCCCAAUUCGACUGAUGCAAAUGACUUAACUAGUCCAAUCAAAGACAUUAUUAGAGAUAAUUAUAUAAAUUGUUAGAAUUAAGUUACCAUUGUGUAUAAUAUAUUACUUAUUUAAACAAAAAGCCUUGUAAAUACGAUGACGUCAAAGCAGAUCCUUGAUUCGAUGAUAAAUAAAUAAA